AUGGCUGCAGCACGUAGACGAAAACCGCAAUGCUCCGGCGCCGUAACGCCCACAUUUGACGCUUACACGGCCGUAGAGACGAUUAGGAAGGCGAUUAAGGACCGAGAAAGGGAGGACGGGAAGUGGAGGAAGGGAGCGGGUAAGAACGAGGGUCUUGAUCGAGGCGGAUUUGAAAAAGGGAGAAGCAAGAGGAGGGCAAAAGGGGAGGAGAAGGGGACAGGGGAGGAGAGGAAGGGGAAGAAGGGCGACGAGAAAGGGAAGCGGGGAUGGCGCAGCAGGGAGGGGCCGGGCGGGGGGGAGGGCGCGGACCACCGCUGCAAGCGGGGGGAGGGCGCGGGGGAGGCGGAAGGGGAGGCGGACCGCAGCAAGCAGGCGGAACGGAUCCCGCGCCUGCUGCGAUCACGUUCACUAAGGACCCGCAAGAGCGUGCGGUUCAGCACGAUGAGUGCGCACGAGAUAAUGAAGAGUGCGGAGGUGCAGAUAUCGGAGAGGAGUCUGUACCAGCUGCCAGAGCGCAAGCCCACGCCCUUCGGGGUGCUGGACCCUCGCCUGGGGACGACGAGCAAGAAGGGCGAGUGCUCAACCUGUAACGGCACGCUGCAGGACUGUGCGGGGCACUUUGGGUACAUCCGCUUGGAGCUGCCGGUGUACCACAUGGGGUACUUCAAAGUCAUCCUGCUCAUCAUGCAAUGCAUCUGCAAGAACUGUGGGCGGAUUCUGCUGAGCGACGAGGAGCGGCGGCAGUGGCUGAAGAAGUUUCGGCACCCGCGGGUGGAGGUGCUGCAGAAGAAGGCCAUGGUGAAGCGCGUUUCAGAGCGGUGCAAGCGCACCAGGAUGUGCCACUACUGCGGAGACCACAACGGCAGCGUGAAGAAGCUGACUGGCACGCUAAAGCUAUCCCAUGACAAGUACGGCAAGGAUAUGGACGCCAAGGAUGAUGUGGUGCGGCGCAUGGAGGCAGCGGUGGAGGCGAACAAGGAGAUAGCGCAGCACUCGAGCAAGGUGGCGGACGACCUCAACCCCGUCAGAGUGCUGUGGCUCAUGGAGAGGAUGCUGGAUGAGGACUGUGAGCUACUAGACCUCUACUAUCGCCCGGAGCGCCUCAUAGUAACGCACCUCUCAGUGCCCCCGGUGGCCAUCCGGCCGUCCGUGGUGAUGGAGUCAGCAGCGGGGAGCAACGAGGACGAUGCGACGAUGAAGCUGGCGGUGAUCAUUGAGGUCAACAGCGCGCUUCGAUUGGGCAUUCAGAAGGGACUGCCCAUGCCCAACCUCGUGGAGAACUGGGACUUCCUGCAGCUGCAAGUGGGGCUCUACAUCAACUCGGAGCUCCCAGGGCUGCCGCUAGCAGCACAGCCCACGAAGCCAACGCGGGGGUUCGUGCAGCGGCUGAAGGGCAAGCAGGGGCGGUUCCGACAGAACCUGUCGGGCAAGCGAGUGGACUUCAGUGGCCGCACCGUCAUAUCCCCCGACCCUAAUCUCAAGAUCUCUGAGGUGGCGGUGCCGAUGCACAUGGCGCAGCUGUUGACCUUCCCCGAGGCAGUGAGUCGGCACAACAUCCACAAGCUGCGGCAGCUGGUCAUCAACGGCACCGCCAAGUACCCCGGCGCUAACUUCGUGCUCUACCCCAACGGCAACAAGUGGUUUCUCAAGUAUGGAGAUCGCAGGCGAGUGGCAGCAGAGCUCAAGUACGGGGACAUAGUGGAGAGGCACCUGGAGGACGGCGACAUGGUGCUGUUCAACCGCCAGCCCAGCCUUCAUCGCAUGUCCAUCAUGUGCCACCGGGCGCGGGUUAUGCCAUGGAAGACACUGCGUUUCAACGAGAGUGUGUGCAAUCCGUACAAUGCGGAUUUCGAUGGCGAUGAGAUGAACAUGCAUGUGCCGCAGACCGAGGAGGCCAGGACAGAGGCGCUGCUGCUCAUGGGGGUGGAGAACAACCUGUGCACGCCCAAGAACGGCGGCAUCCUUGUGGCUUUUGAGUCGAUAUGA